UUAAGUCAUUUAACAUAUAUAUUUUCAGGCAGAAUUCAGAAACAAUAUGUUGUUCAUUAUAACGUGUUCUUUAUUCUUUCUCACGUUAUCACAGUGCUCACUUCUUAAAAUUCAUUUCCCACGUUUGAACGAAGGUUUUCCACGUCUUCGUAUGGAUGGAAACUUUCCUUCUUUAACAGAAUGUACAUUAUGUCUAUGGAUAAAACCUCAUUCAUUUCAGAAAGAAUAUUCUAUGCUUUUCUCUUAUGCUAAACGUUUUCAAAACGAAUUUGCUGGAUGCAUUUCUAACAUAAGUGGAAGUCUAAAGGUAGGAAUCGAUGUUAUGAACGAAUUCAUUGAAUUCGAAUGCCCGAAUAUAAAAUGGGAAGUUGGAGAGUGGUAUCAUAUAUGUGCCUCUUGGUUUAGCACAAACGGACAUUUGAAAGUAUAUACUAACGGAGAACAAUGUUUCACUACUUCUCAUAGCGAAGGUAUCAUAGGUAAAGGUGGUUACAUCCACGGUGGAGGCAUAUUUGUGUUGGGACAAGACCAAGAUGCUCUUGAUGGCGGCUAUGAUGCUAAUCAAUCAUGGCACGGUGAUAUAGUAGAUUUACAUAUAUGGGAUGAAGUACUGACUGAAGAACAGAUCGUAAAAGCUGGUUUAUGUGAUCAUAAGCAUAAAGAAGGAAAUGUUAUUGCUGGAAUGAAGACUCCGAUGAGUGCUUUAGACGUAGUAAUAUCACAAACUGAAUUGUGCGAAACUUGAUAACAAUGAACGUAAUAAUUUACAAAUUGUUCUAUUUGCUGAGAAAAUUCUAAAAUUAAUACAUUUUUUUUACAAAAUACUU